AGCCUAGCUGUACUACUGAGCAAUGACAUGCUUUGAUAUAGAAAUGCUAUUCCAACGGGGCACAGCGUCUCAUCAGCUAGGCUAGCUUGCUGGAGUGGAAAAAUAUCUGGCUCCCAGCGAGGUUUCUGGAUAUCACUUGAGUGACGCUUCCAGACGCUGAAUAUUUCCAGAAGGAGAUAAGAAGAGGUGGCCAUCAGCAAUCAGGUCUACAGAGAAGUAUCAGAGCCCUUGAAGUUCUCAGCUUUGAUGCAGUACAGUGUACUGAGUGCAAGAUGACGGAAGAGGUGAUUGUCAUCGCCAAGUUCGACUACAUGGCCCAGCAGGACCAGGAACUGGACAUCAAGAAAAACGAGCGCCUCUGGCUCCUCGACGACUCCAAGUCCUGGUGGAGGGUUCGAAAUGCCACCAACAAAACAGGCUUUGUGCCGUCCAACUACGUGGAGAGGAAAAACAGUGCCAGGAAAGCUUCUAUUGUCAAGAAUCUCAAAGACACACUUGGAAUUGGGAAGGUGAAGAGCAGAAAGGGGGGGAUGAGAGACACAGCCUCCAACGCAGACACAGACAUGUAUGCAGAUAAUGGCGAGCGCCUGUACGACCUUAACCUGCCCGCCCUGGUCAAGUUCAGCUACACACCAGAGCGCGAGGACGAGCUGUCUCUGGUGAAAGGCACGCGGGUGGUGGUGAUGGAGAAGUGCAGCGAUGGCUGGUGGCGUGGCAGCUACAAUGGACGGUCUGGCUGGUUUCCGUCCAACUAUGUGACAGAGGACGUGGAUCUGACGGCGGGGGGAGGGGGCAUGGGCGGAGUCGGAGAUUCGGCCGGAUCGCUAACGGAGAAGCUGGCGGCUGUAAUGAACAGCACCACGAACGGGAACAGAGUGCUACACACUGUUCAGGCGCUCUACCCUUUCAGCUCCGGCAACGACGAGGAGCUGAACUUUGAGAAGGGCGAGGUGAUGGAGGUGGUGGAAAAGCCCGAGAACGACCCAGAGUGGUGGAAGUGUCGCAAAGUGGACGGACAGCUGGGCUUGGUGCCUAAAAACUACGUCACCGUGCUGGACUCCACCUCCCAUAAACCCGCAGCAGGGCCUGCCGGGCCACCCACACCUGACUGUGACUACAUCUCGCCCUCAGGCAGCGGGCGCUUCGCGGGGAAGGAGUGGUACUACGGAAAGGUGACGCGCCACCAGGCGGAGGUGGCCCUCAACCAGAGAGGCAUAGAGGGGGACUUCCUCAUUCGAGACAGCGAGUCAUCGCCAAACGACUUCUCUAUCUCCCUGAAGGCGCAGAGCAAGAACAAGCAUUUCAAAGUGCAGCUGAAGGAAAACCUUUACUGCAUUGGACAGCGCAAGUUCAACUCUAUGGAAGAGCUUGUUGAACACUACAAAAAGGCCCCCAUCUUCACCAGUGAGCAGGGAGACAAACUGUACCUGAUCAAGGCCCUGGCCGCCUCCUGAUCCCUCUCUGUCACACACACACACGCACUUCCACACAGACACCACACCUAUACAUUAACUGCAUCCAUAUAUAUACAUACAGAUACUUACGCCAGAACACACACUAACAUUUAAACUCCAAGCCUGAGGACUUAACACAUCAUCAGGACUUAAAUGCCCGAUUUGUGAGCAUUCCAAGAGGAGGUAUGGAAAAAGCAUGGGAGAGACACGGAGGAAUGGGAGGGGGAGACAAAGAGACUAUGGACUCCUGAGAGUUGACUACAGACCUCUUGGUCGCCUAUUUUAAAUUAUCCAGAUGUGUUAGGUCAUAGGCAAUGCCAUGUAUUUCCACCUUGAUAUCUAUUAGAGCUGCAUUUAGUUUCCUUUUUUUGUUUUUGUUGAUAAUAUAUAAUCUUUUUAACAGUUUCUUUUUAAAAAAUGUGAUUAUUUUUAACUGUAUCCAACACAGCAACCACCCGUAUGAGGCAUUGUCAGAUGUUAGCAAACUAGCCUACAGAGGUCCACGUUUCAACUCGUUUCUGUGUCGUCUGUCUUAAUUGGUUCGUUCUGAUUGUGGACACACUAAUCCACAACUUCUGCUAACUGCUAAUCAUGAAUAAACAUUUAAGUGACCAAAAUAUAUUUAUUGAUACAAUUCUGUUAGGAUCAUAGUGGUAGAGAUCGGAGUGCCGCACUCAUCUGCGGUGGGAGGAUUUGGAGGAUUCCUCUUCUUGUCAAACUAGUUGUUCAACUUUCUUUUUGUACAACAAAACUGCUUGUCUCACAUAUUGCUGUAUCCAUAUCAUGUGAAUGUUACAAAGCCGAGGCAUCACAGACGGUGUGACUUUGCAUGUGUGCAUGCAAACAGAAACGCGUCCUCACACCGUCACUUUUUUAUCUCCUGAAAGAGUGAUUGGCAGCCGGCGUGAGCGAUGGGGGAGUUUAUCCGUGUGUGUGGAGGUCAUGUGAAGAGUCAGAAAGUACUUUCCUUCGCAGUCUGGAGGCUUUCUUAGUGCAGAGCAGAUCCCUGACAGCUGAUGUGUCCUCCCAGUGUUGCUCAAGGGGACGGUUCUCUGGAGGCGAGGAGGAUGAGAGCAGUGGGAUGGGUGUGUGUUGACAGCAAUGCGGCUUCCAAACACCCGCCAGCUCUGUGGAGUUGGAAGGGGAAAUGGAGGAUCAGUCCAGGCAGUCCAGAGGAUGAUGUCACUGCUCCUGAGUUAGUGAUCACUGGAGGGAAUGGAGGAGUUAAGGGGUCACACAGGGGUCGUGUUGCAGCACAUAUACAUCAAGCUAGGAGACGCCCUUUUCCUUUAGGAGGCACAGAAAGCAUUUCCUCACUGCUGAGUACAAACUGGUGUAAAUGCUUGAUGUUUUCUAUGAUACCUGGGCAUGUAUUUCCACGGCCGAUAUGUCUUAAGAAGUCUCCCAGUUUGGGGAAUCCAGCUUGUUUUUCUAAAUGUAUGGUCAAUGUCAAGUUAGAGUGCAGUGCAUCUAAAUGUUUUUCGGCAGAACACAUGGUUUAUAUUUACAGUGAGUGGGUAUUUGUAAAAAUGGACCAAGUAGUGUUUUGAAUGUUGAAGGGGCAGCUCGCACCAGCGCCUGCAAUCAGAGCUGCGAGCAGCGCUGGCAGGGAGCUGCUUCAGGCGGAGUGGGCUCAGAGAGCUGAUGAUGAUCACGAUGCUCGCGAUGAUGAGUUCUCCAGCUGUGGCCAGUUGGACCCGAGCGCAGGGGAGGGAAAGAGAGCGCGAGAGAGGGAAGGAGAGGGGAGGAGGAGGAGGAGGAGGAGGAGGAGGAAGAGGGAUUUCAUAGAGGAGGAAUGGAAAAAUGGACCCUUAAAAAACAAAAGCAGCGAAGUAGGAUCUAGGGAGGAGACUUGGAGAAUGUGUUCCACGGAAUCGAGUAUCUGGAUUACCGCUCCCAGCCCUUAUACGGGCGGGGAAAUGAAUGGAGGCCAACGCUGAUGUAUCAUAGUGGAGAAUAAAGGAUUUUUGGAUGGGAGGGCUUUUUAAAGUCUAAUUAAUCCAAGCAUGAAAAGUCAGUCAUGCCACAAUGAACACAAAACAUGGGUGUGUUUUUUUUCCUCUCAGUUCCCCAGGUGAUUGACAGAGCUGUUCAUACAAGAGCUGUGACUGUUAUAGAAGAUGGAUUAUAAACAAUGCUGCGUCUCAGUUUGAUUCAUCACGGGUUCAAAACGGCAAGUUCUAAUUAUGCACCUACAGUACCAGUCAUUGGCUAAUUUAAGUGAUAUUACAGCUUAUUAAACAGUACAAAAAAUACAUUCCAGGAUUAAAAAGCUCCUGUCAGGGCUCAAAAACAUCUAACAUGCUUAAUGCAAAAUGGAUUAAGUGAGUUUUGUUUCUUUUGGGUCCCAAAUCUUUUUAAAAAAGGACAUUUAUGCCUGUCUUCCUGCCAUUUCCAGUGAUCCCCUCUUUGGUUUCUGUGUUAUCGUCACCAGAUAAGUAUUUGGGUUACAGGAAUCCUGUUGCAUGUCAUUUAUUACACCCAGUCCCUGGUGUUGUAUUGGUGCCAUUUCCUCUGACACUUUAUGUGAGCGAGUGUUUGCCUGCCCUACAGUAAUAACCGACUGCUAUCGACAACCCCAUUUUUUUUCGUUGUUGUGUGUGAAAUUUCCUCCCCGACUUCCAGUUCUACAGCAUCUGCAAUAUUACGCAGCAUUAAAGUGACAAACGCCAACGCAACGUGCCCCAGUUUGAAGGAUUUAGAAGGAGAUUUUAAAUGUGCCUUCACAGCUUUCUGUCAACCAAAGGUUUAGCGUCCCUUUUUUUUUAUUUUUGUCUUCUUCUUCUUCCCACUUCUCUUGUCACCACUGCGUGCUAUUUGGUUAGAGCUUUGCACGUGCGUCAGUCUGAUUAGUGAUGGGGGUGUCAUCCUUACAGAGAAGGGUAUUUCCUCAUGUAGCUGUUGGCUGAAAAUGUCAGUAACUUUUUUUUGUUUGUUUCAAAUCACGCAUAAAAUGCCCAUUAGGUGAUGUUGUGUGUAGUUUCAAGUGACCUUACCUUUGCUGAUUUCAUCAAGUAUAACUCCUUAAGUGAAAAGUGAAUGCCUAACGUGUACAGUAUAAAAUAAUGUGCUGAUGUUCAUUCAGAAACAUAACCCCUCCCCCCCCCCAGGUGUGAUGUAAUCAUGACCUGAAUCUCAUGUAUGAGCACCUCAAGUUAACGGCAUCACGUAUCGUCGGUUGUGAAGAAACUGUCAUGGUUUCUGAGGAAAUAGUUUUUUAUGUCUGUAUGUAUUUCAUAUAAGACUAGUGUAAGACAUUCACUUUUGCAGUUUAGCCACUUAAAUAUGUAAGAAAAAAGAAAUCCUCAAUACUUAAAUGUUUUACUUGAUAUUCAAAUACAGACCUACAGUAUCUCCCUGCAUAGAUAUUGUUAUAAACUGGGAUCUCUUUUCAUUUUACACCAACAGAGGCUGCAUGAGCAGAGCCUUGUAGCUGUACAGACAUGGUUUUAAAAUCUGCUUACACUCAAGUCACUUGUGACGGAUAUUAUCAAGAGAUUGUUUAUCAAACUGUUUUUCACGACAGAGAACUACAAGCGCAGCCAGGCAGCUCUGGACUGCUAAACAAGCCUGAGAUAAUCGUGAAUCUCCACUUUUAAUUUCUUGAUAAUACUCCAGAACAAAUGACCCGUGUUCAAACUUUGGUGCUUUUGUGCUGCUUCUUGGUGUUCUUUGUCUCACAAAGCUUUUUUUUUUUUUUCUGUAUGAGAGAGAGUGAAGAAAACAGAUCCAUGCUGUGGAAUGAUAAAGGCAGUGCUGUGAAAUUUAAUGUCAUGCUCUUAAUACUGUUUUUAUGGAGGGGAGAUCGUCUUCAGGUGUAAUAAUUUAGAAGAGUUUAUUAGAGUGUUCAAAAGACGUAAUAAACGGCAUAAAAAUGAUAUGAUGAUGUCUUGUUUUUAUCUGCAGCAGUGUUUCAUUGCUGUCAGGCUGAACUGUCAAAUGUUGGUACUUUCAUUUUCAUUUGGAAGCUGUUUUUGUACUGAUUAUAAAAACAGCAAUGACAAAAUGUUUCAUAGACUAGGCCUUGUGUUUGUGUACAAGUCCUAACUAUAUGAAAACUGGGUAAUUAUUUCUUCUCUGUACUCCAGCUUUGCUAUAAUGUGAUAAUAAUGCAGCCUAAAUUGGGACAUUAACAAUAUCUGAUAGACAGCAGAUGAUUCAUGCAUGAGGAGAGCUGUGGCAGUUUUGUAUGAUGCAUGUACGCCACCCAGUGGCCAUUUGUAUCAUUACAUGUUACUGAAACAACCCAGGCCAAACUCAAAUACAAAAACACCAUCACAUUUUGGUCACUUUAUUUCAAAUCACUCUUGAAAAAUGAUACUGUGAUUGUAAUAUUGUCAAAAUAAAAAUGCUCUUUUCAUUCACAUCA